AAGUGCGUCUCAAGAGGACACACUUAUCCGUACGAUCACGUGCGUAUCUGACUGGUAAUUCUACGGCGGAGUUGGAAGCAGUUGAUAUGCCAAUAUCUCGCCCUCCACUGCGGUGCACGAAGCGGUAAUCGGAUACUCGCAUAGCACACGCGAGUUCGAGUCUGGGACGAGUAAGGACAGAACAGAUCGAAUGAUGACAGCUCAACAAUCCAUAUUCGGGAAUGGUUGCAGCGACUGAGCCAGACCACGGGAGGUCUGUCCUCCUACUUUACGGAACAGAAACAGGUACCUCACAGGACUUUGCGGAAGAGAUCAGCCGCUGUCUAGAGCGACUUCACUUCGAUACCGAUGUGGCAGGCCUGGACGAUGUCAAUUAUGCAUUGCUAAAGAACUACACCUUCACCGUGUUUGUCCUCUCCACGACUGGCCAGGGUGAUUUCCCCGAAAAUGCUCGGAAGUUCUGGACGAGUCUUCUCCGCAAAAAGUUGCCUCCCACCACAUUGGCCGGCAGCAAAUAUGCUCUAGUUGGACUGGGCGACAGCUCAUACCCAAAGUUCAACUGGGCAGCGAGGAAGCUGGACAAACGUCUUCGCCAACUUGGGGCAACUUCCAUCCUUGAAUCAUGCGAGGCUGACGAACAAGGGGAUGAAGGAACAGACGGCUACUUUCUAGCUUGGCUGGAUAUAUUCCGCAAGACCGUCCUUACGCUUUUCCCGCUGCCAGAGGGCCUCAAUCCUAUACCUAACGAAGUUCUACUGCCCAGCAAAUAUCGCUUGGAGGGAACUUUGACCAGUCACGAAUCCCAGAUAGCCCCGAACGGACUACUACAUACUGCUCCAAAGACGGAUGUAUCGUCCGAGUCUUUCCCCGUUGUUCUCGAGAAGAACGAGCGGGUGACUCCGGCCGAGCAUUGGCAAGAUGUGCGAUUCAUGCGGCUGAAGACCGUCGGCAAGAAGCUCGACUACAUGCCCGGCGAUGCGCUUGCGAUCCUACCUCAGAAUAUGCCUACAGAUGUGUCAUUUCUGAUUGACAGGAUGAACUGGCACGACGCGGCAGACAUUCCAGUCCGGCUCGUGUCCACGCGCCCAAAUGGUCGUCUUCCACACCAUCCUAUUUCCACUCGCACAGAUUUGACUCUGCGCAUCCUUCUGACCGAAUACCUGGACAUCAACGCAAUACCGCGGCGAUCCUUCUUCGGCGCCAUUGCAAACUACACGGACAACGAGAUGCACAAGGAGCGGCUGCUGGAGUUCACCGACCCGCAAUACCUGGACGAAUACUACGAUUACGCCACGCGGCCGAGGCGCAGCAUGCUGGAAAUCCUGCAGGAGUUCGACUCCGUCCACAUCCCCUGGGAGGAAGUGACCAACAUUUUCCCGCCGUUGCGUGCUCGACAGUUCAGUAUCGCCAGUGGCGGUGUGCUCAAGCACGGCGACGGCGACGGCGACAACUCGACCGUUUUCGAGCUGUUGGUGGCAAUUGUGAAGUACAGGACUGUCAUCAAGCGCAUCCGCGAGGGCGUGUGCACGAGAUACUUGGCACAACUACCGGUCGGCACAACGCUGCAGGUCUCUCUGAAGACCGAGGGGCGGUUCUCCAAGUCUUCCGAUCCCAGCGGUGAAAAUCAUAUCCUCGUGGGCGCAGGCACGGGCAUCGCGCCACUCCGAGCCCUUAUACAUGAAAAGGCUCGCGGCGACAGUGGCAGUCUGGGAAGGACCGCAUUGUUCUUCGGCUGCCGCAGCGAAAAAGCCGACUACUUUUUCCAUGAUGAGUGGGUUGCCCUCAACGCCAACGCCAACAUCACGCCAACAGAUUCCAAUAAUAAUGCAGAAGAACGAUUCGAAACCGACGACGGUACCUCCAGGAUUCCUGCCGCGAAGCUUGACCUCCAAGUCAUUCCGGCGUUUUCGCGCGACCAGAAAUCCAAAGUCUAUGUUCAAGACCGGAUCCGGCAGCACAGCGACCUGAUCUGGGAGUUGCUGCGCGACCGGAACGCCACGGUCAUCGUGUGCGGCUCAUCCGGCGCAAUGCCCAAGGCGGUGCGGCAGGCCAUUGUCGACGCGCUUGUCGAACAGGGUCGCAAGAGAUUGGAGGAAACUGGAAAGGGGACCCAGGCCGCCGGCGGAGGUCCUGUCGGCCAACACGAACAAGAUAAUGACGAGGAGGAGGAGGAUUCGAUAACCUCUGAAAAGGAUGCAGAAAUGUAUCUGGCUAGACUGGAAAAGGUGGGAAGAUAUAAGCAGGAGACGUGGUCGUGAAAAAAAGGAAAUUCAAUCUGGAACUUGGUAGAACGGGUAUAUAUAUGUACAAAUAUAUAGCGUUAGGUUCCGAGGCUCCUCGAGUGAAGAGGAAAAGAUGCGGUUCUUUGAUCAGAAUGGCAUGAAGGGUUAGAGGGUCCAGGUCCCUGGCCUCGUCGGAGAGUGGUCCCAUCCGUUCGACCAAGCGUAGUACUGCUUCUAUAUAUAUUGUACACAGAACACUGCAGCGAUGGCCUGAACAAUGUGGAACCCCAUAUGGUGUCUUAGGACAAAAAUCCAUCUCUCCAAUAUCACUACUACUAUCUAGAUGAAAAGGUACAGCAGGAUGUAGGUAGUGAGAGACAAGAUAGCAUAUCGUUAGAGAUAACUAGACCUCGCUGGAUUAGGAUUCAGAAUACUAGUAUUUCAAGAGAG